CACGGACACAGAAGUGUCGUUAAGUGAAGCCAUUUUCUGAGUCGUCGAAAAAAUACAACAUUGUGAAAAGUAUUUCGUCAAUCGAAUUGUGAACCGAUAUUUUGUAGAAUUCUAGUGGUCUUAACAAAUUAUUGAUAUAUCUUUAUACUUGUGAAGUUUAUAAAUUAUCAAAAUGGUGGAUAAAAUAGAAAUGAGCUUGGAUGAUAUAAUAAAAUCUAACAAACCACGCCGAGGAGGUAACGCUGGUGGAAGAAGGGGCCGAGGAGGAGGACGGGGUGCCAAAAACGGUGGACAACCCAGAAGGAGUUUCAGAAAUUCUGGAUCGGCUGGCGGCUCUGGUGUUCAAAGAGGCAGGGGUCGUGGAGGAAUCGCUCGAUCCUACAAUCGGGGAGAUGUUAACAGUGCAUGGAAGCAUGAUCUUUUUGAAGGGUACGGACCAAGAAAAUUGUCCGGUGCCCGAGCAAUGGUCCAAGCAAAUAUGGGACCAACUAAACUUUUGGUCUCCAACUUGGACUUUGGAGUGUCAGACUCUGACAUUCAAGAACUUUUUGCUGAAUUUGGACCUCUUAAAAGUGCUGCAGUGCACUAUGACAGGUCAGCAAGAUCAUUAGGAACAGCCGAUGUAAUAUUUGAGAGAAGAAGUGAUGCCAUUAAAGCAAUGAAGCAAUACAAUGGUGUACCUUUGGAUGGUAGAGCUAUGAAUAUACAAUUGACCACAUCUGAGAUCCCUUCACCUAUAAGACGAAAUGGGCCUUCCCCUCAAAAGUUCCAAAGUAGGAGCCCUAGAAAUUCUGGAGGUGGCAGAGGACGAGGUAGCAAUAGAGGAGGACGACCAGGCAGAGGACGAACCCCAAGAACACAAAAAAAGCAGCCCACUGCUGAAGAGUUGGACGCUGAAUUGGAAGCAUAUACGAAAGAGAUGAAGUAGAUUGUUGUGUUUGUGCAUAAAGAAAACUUUUGACGAGAAAGUGAUUAACAGUUUCAUUUUACUUCUUAUUUAAGUUGAUUUUUAUCAAUAGUGAGUAUAUACUUAAACGAUUCUUGAUGCAGACUUUUGGAACAUUGUGCAUAUAAAUAAUGUUUGUAAAAAUUUUAUUAGGAAAGUAAAUGAUUAUUUAAGGUAA